GGUCUCCGGGCGGGCCGGGCCGUGCCGGGGCGCGAUGGCGGCGGACAUCACGCUGCUGUUCCGGGCCAGCGUGAAGACGGUGAAGACGCGGAACAAGGCCCUGGGCGUGACCACGGUGGCGGGGCCCGACGGCGGCCGCGACGAGCUGUUCCGGAAGAGCCCCCGGACCAAGGGACACUUCUCCGCCCGCGCCCGAGAGGUGAUUUCUCAUAUUGGGAAACUGAAGGAUUUUCUUCUGGAACACCGAAAAGAUUAUAUUAAUGCCUACAGCCCCAGGAUGUCGGAAUAUAUGAGAAUGACCGACGCGGAACGAGACCGGAUUGAUCAAGAUGCUCAGAUCUUCAUGAGAACGUGUUCUGACGCCAUUCAGCAGCUAAGAACCGAAGCGCACAAGGAAAUACAUUCCCAGCAAGUCAAGGAGCAUCGGACUGCGGUUUUGGGCUUCGUCGAAGAUUAUUUGAAAAGGGUGUGCAAAUUAUAUUCUGAACAAAGAGCCAUCAGAGUAAAGCGCGUGGUGGACAAGAAAAGAUUGUCCAGACUUGAGCCUGAAAAGAGUGCAAAGACCGAAUUCGUCUCUUCUGAGAGACCUUCGCAGGAUCCUUCAGAAGAAUCUGAAGAAAAAUCUGCUACUGAAGAAAACCGAGAGAAGAAUUUAACCGAUCCACGUUCUAAUUUUGGAAUUUGGGGUGAUGGCAGAAGCGAGGACGAGUUGUCGCCAGAAGAAAUACAAGUGUUUGAACAAGAAAAUCAGCGACUUGUGGGCGAAAUGAAUAGCCUGUUUGACGAAGUGAGGCAAAUUGAAGGAAAAGUGGUGGAAAUAUCCAGACUUCAAGAGAUUUUCACAGAAAAAGUUAUGCAACAGGAAACUGAAAUUGACACACUCCACCAGUUGGUUGUGGGGGCAACGGAGAACAUCAAGGAAGGCAAUGAAGACAUAAGAGAGGCAAUUAAAAACAAUGCUGGAUUUCGUGUAUGGGUUCUUUUCUUCCUCGUGAUGUGUUCAUUCUCCUUGCUGUUCCUGGACUGGUACGACAGUUAGUUUGGAGGGCCUUUAAAAAAAACAAGAACGGCCCUCGUCCCUCGCCUGUGUAAACAUGAAAGUCACCGCAGAUUACUUCCCUUGAGACCAGGCCAACCGUAUCAUCUUCCAAGCCGCCGAUGAAACCACUGUGGUUGAAAUAUAUCCCGACAAAGCCAUCUGCAUACGUAUCUAAAUAAACACACGCUCCCAGACAGACAGACGAUGAAGACCUGCUUCUAAAUCCCUUCAGUGUCGUUGUGAAGACAGAAUGACGAAGGUAGGCCCCGGUUCAAUGAGCUAAGAGAAAUCUGUUUUAUAAACCGCAGGAGGAGAGUGCAGAUCCCCUCCGAGCUUAAUGGGGGGAAAUACACGGGGGCAAACGGGCCCUGCCACUAAACAGAUCUUUUGGGGAGCACCCAGAAAGACAAAAGACAGUCGGGGCUUCUGUCUUGUUAGCCUUCAAGGAAAAACACGGCUUAAUCGCCCCUCUUCCCAGCCAAACGAUCGCCUCGCUUUGUGUCCCCGUCGCUUCUCAUCUGGUAGAAUCGAUCAGCCGCUCAUUCAAAAGGCCCUUGUAGCGGCGGGGACCGAUUUAAUCUGAAGAAUUUAAGGAGCUUUUAUCUAGGGGAGAUUGAAAGAGAGGGAAAACCGGAUUGUGGAAUGAAGGGGCGUUCCAAUAUCCCCAAGCGGAUUAGGGGGAUGCAAGUCAAAGUCCCUGACCCUCUAGGGGUUGGGAAGAAGGAGCCCGGCUAGACUGGAACAGGGGGAUUGGCUGUCAAAUACGUGGCCACAGCGGAUCCAGGACGGGCGGGCGGACAGGUGCCACCACCCAGAAAGGGACCACCACCCAGAAAGUCGCCCCGGCGUCAGACGUGAUCGGACGGGAAGCGCCGUCCUGCCUUCCCCGACGUGCCCUUCUCCUCAUCGCCUCUAUUUCCAACUGUUGGUUUCAAAAGGAUGCGGCCGGUCAUCUCGGGAAACGCAGGGGCGCUAACUAUACCUAGGAAAUGUGCGGCGGGCGCCACCCGUCUUGUACUUCAUUUACGUAGAAUAAAAAUGACAAACGUUAUCUGUGAUUUCUUCCGUGUGCAAUAAAGUACACCUGUGCUAGAAAACGCAACCGCGGUCUCGUUUACUGUGAGCACGUGGGCUGGAAUUCUAUUUAUUUU